GAUAACAAGUUUAUGGACGCAUAACAAAUACCAAUUAUCCCUGAAUACCGACAAAAGACGUUCUUUUGCAGGUAAGAGGCGCUCAAAAUAUGACCGAUAAUUGUGCUCAGUACUUGGGUUCCAGACAACAACAGUAACUUCUUCUUCCCCAAUUAUUUUCUUUUCUAAUCUCUCAAUUCCUUCAUCGAUUUCAAAAUCCCCAUUCAUUUCCUUGACCUAAUUUCCUUCAAUUUAUGAAUCCCUAUUUCGUUAGAUCACAAUCGCGGUUUUGAAUUACUAGAAUUCAUGUCUGGUUCUUCCGAUGAAGAGAUCUCCAGUGGUGAUCGAGACGGUUACCAAAGAGGUGGUAGUGACGCCGAUGACGACGAAGAUGAAGAAGAUGCAAUUCGGAAGAAAAAGCACCGUAGAAAAUUUGAUUUUGGGAAGAGGUUGCUACUUAAUCAAUUCACAAAAGCUAAGAAUCAAAUUCGUAGAGUAAGAAGUAAAAAGCCUCUUUUUUCAUCUUCUUCAUCAUCAUUAUCAUUAUCAACAACUGCUUCUUUUUCUAGAAAUGUAAAUGUUAGUAGCAGAGAUAAGGUGAUGAUUAUUAGCGGUGGUGAUGAUACUGUUACUAGUUCUCGAAUUCGUUGCAAGUUUUGUUUUUUGCGUCCUAAUGUAUUGGAAACCCCUGAUGGGUCACCUAGUAGUGACCCUAAUGAUCCAAAUUUUACUAAUUCUAUGUUGAAGACUUUGAUUGAAAAGAAUGAUUUCUUUUCCAAAGAUUGCAAUCCACAUAUUGAAUCAUUUAUUGAUUGAUUGAUUGAUUAGUAAUGUUGGUUGGAGACACGUUCUUGAUUUUGUUGUGCUUGUUUGAGUAUUAUUAUUCUUUGUUAAAUCGAAGAUGGAAUUUGUCUGAGUUGUUGGGUUUUUCUGUGCUGCCUCAUUUUGAAAUUAGGUAGCAUUAUAGCUCAGAACAUAUUUUGGGGUAUUCAUUGGAAUGAUGUUCAAGGAAAAGAUGGAAGAGUUGAGGGGUGAGAGUAGCAUCGGAACAUGUAGGGAAACUCGAGUGAGGAUAUCCUGUUGUCAUUUUCAUUUAGAGCAAUGUGGUCCAAUAAGUUGUGGAUAAAAUGCUUGCGGCCAUUGAGUGGUUACGGAUUGAAGAUUUAGAUCAGAUUAUUAUACAUUGGAAAAAUGAAAGGGUUUUAUAGAUAAAAGAGGACUGCUUGAUCUGCUGUGGUGUGAAUAGGUUAGUGAAAACUGGAUUCCUUGACAUUCAGGAACUUCUACCUGUCCUCAAUCGUGAUGCGGUAUACUGUGUACAUUUAAAACUGAAUUUUGUUGAACUCUGCUAUAUUUUGAUUGUCUUUCUUAGCUGUUAGAAAUUUUUUAUUGGUUUACUCA